GACGCCUGCCUAUUGCUCGCUACAGCCCUAAAAUUGAUGCUCAGUGGGUAACUGUGCUAACUUCCAUGAUGCUUCAACUAUUCUCAAUCAAGUCAAGUGCUUAGUGCCUCUGUCUCAAAAGGCUCCAGUUCACACGAGGAAGCCAACAUUGCCCUCCAGUCCACCAAUCCUGGAAAGCUGAAUUAUGGCAAGCCGGAAUUUGUGGUUUCGCCAAAGAAGCGACCGCUGUCUGAGGUUCCUGUCUUCUGUGCUCAUUUUGAAGCCCUAGAAUGGAGUUUGAGCUCAUGGAGAAUGAUAUCUUAGAGUCACUGGAAGACCUAGGUUACAAAGGCCCAUUGUUAGAAGAUGGAGCUCUGUCUCAGGCAGCUUCUGGUGGAGCCAGUUCGCCUGAAUUUACCAAACUCUGUGCUUGGCUAGUGUCAGAGUUAAGGUUAUUUUGCAAACUAGAAGAAAAUGUACAAGCAACUAAUAGCCCAAGUGAAGCUGACGAGUUCCAGCUUGAAAUGAGUGGGUUACUUGGUGAAAUGAACUGCCCGUAUACAACACUAACAUCCGGAGAUGUCACAAAGCGCCUUCUCAGUCAGAGAAACUGCCUCCUGCUGCUCACAUACCUCAUCUCAGAAUUGGAAGCUGCCAGAAUGCUGUGUGUGAAUGCUGUGCCGAAAAAAGCCCAGGAAGGUGGUGGCAGUGAAGUCUUUCAGGAGCUCAAAGGCAUAUGUAUUGCUUUAGGCAUGUCCAAGCCCCCAGCCAACAUAACUAUGUUCCAGUUCUUCAGUGGGAUAGAGAAAAAAUUAAAAGAAACAUUAGCAAAGGUUCCUCCAAAUCACGUAGGAAAACCUUUACUGUCAAAACCACUGGGUCCAGUUCAUUGGGAAAAAAUUGAAGCUAUUAAUCAAGCCAUAGCCAACGAAUAUGAAGUCCGGAGGAAAUUGUUAGUGAAGCGUCUGGAUGUGACUGUUCAGUCAUUUGGCUGGUCAGAUAGAGCAAAGAGCCAAACAGAGAAGUUGGCUAAGGUCUAUCAGCCAAAGCGUGCCAUCCUGUCUACCAAAGGCGCGAUAUCGGUUGCUCACCUCUUGGCGGCUCGACAAGACUUGUCCAAGAUUAUGAAGACUAGUAGUGGGUCUAUCCGAGAGAAAACUGCUUGUGCCAUUAAUAAGGUGUUAAUGGGACGAGUCCCUGACAGAGGUGGUAGACCCAAUGAAAUUGAGCCGCCACCUCCCGAGAUGCCACCGUGGCAAAAAAGGCAAGAUGGUCCUCAGCAGCAAAGCGGUGGAGGCAGAGGUGGAAGAGGUGGCUAUGAAUCAUAUGGAGGCCGUGGAGGAUAUGAACAAGGAGGUCAUGACAGAGGAGGCCGAGGAGGCUACGAACAAGGAGGUUAUGACAGAGGAAGCCGUGGGGGGUAUGACUCCUAUGGAAGCCGAGGAGGUCAUGAACAUGGGGGUCAUGAACGAGGAGGGCGAGGACGUGGUGGUUAUGACCAUGGAAGCAGAGGUGGGGGAGGAAGAGGAGGCAAGCCUCAGGGAGGCUGGACCGAUGGUGGAGGAAGCAGCUAUCAAGACGUCAAUUAUAGAGAUGGAAACUACAGAGACACAGGCUUUCAAACUGGUGGUUACCAUGGUGGUAGUGGCUACCAAGGAGGUGGCUAUGGUGGCUACCAGUCGUCGUAUUCAGGAAGUGGAUAUCAAGGUGGUGGCGGCAGCUACCAACAAGACAACAGAUACCAAGAAGGGCACCCCAGUGAUCGUGGUGGAGGCCGUGGAGGAGGACGAGGUCGAGGUGGUCGUGGAGGCCGUGGUGGGCAAGGAGGUGGAUGGGGAGGAAGAGGUGCACAGAACUUUAAUCAAGGAGGGCAAUUUGAGCAGCACUUCCAGCAUGGAGGUUAUCAGUACAAUCAAUCUGGAUUUGGACAAGGAAGACACUUCACUAGCUGAGGCUAUAGCUUCCAUUUUGGCAGAGCUCAUGUAAUAGAAGCCUGUUAUCAUUUUUCUUUUUGAAUUGGUACCAGACAACAUGUGGCAGGCUGCUUUUGGAAGAUGAUCCUUGCUUUUGAGCAGAUGUGGAGGUUUACAUGACAGUCUAAUGCUGCCUGAAAAUCUAAAUGCAGCCUUUCUUUAUCAGAACUCUCAGAACUUCAGAGCAGCAGCCAUGAUUCUAUUUGCAAAAGGAAUGUGGAGACCUGGGGUACAUGUCUCUUCAAACCUGUAAUAUGCAAGCCAGGAUGUCUGUUGUUUUUUCUUUUAAAAUAAUCUUCAGCUGUUCAAGCAAUUUUGGAUAUUGCUUUUCACUCUCAUUUUUCCUAGGCACCAAGCUGGCUUCAAACCUGUAUCGUAAAGCUGCUGGUAAGUGUACAGUUACCUGUGCAUUAAUCCCAUUCAAGUCAGUUGGAUCUAUGCAUUUGUAACUGCCCUGAGUUUCAGCCUCCUUCCUUAGGUCUGUACCUAUUAUAUGAGCUCUUCUGCUGAUGACUUGUUCAAUAGCCUUAUCUCACACUCAUUGAAAACGCUAUCACAUAGACACCAGAGCCCCCAACCAUGGUCAUACCAUGCAAACUUCAUUUCAAGCCAUGCUCAAUUGUAAACAGGUAGUAUAUGUAGCCCUUUGCUUCAGCAUAAUUCAAACUGACUUUCAUCCAUCAGAAACCAGUCGAUCCUCUGACCAGCCUAAUUUUUACUUGAAAUUAGCUAGCAGUAAUGGCAAGCUGAAAUUUUGCUUUAUGCACGAGUUAAUACCACUGAUCAGCAAAUGCAGGAUGAUCUCAUUUUGUCAUUUUGCUUAUGACAAAAUGCUCUUCAGCUGGGUUUGUUACAUUUUUUUUCUUUACUAAAAGUCACAUUAGUGCGCCUUGCCUGGUGUUUGUGUGUGUGUGUGUGUGCGUGUGUGCACAGAAAUGUUGUCAAGCUGUGAAAGAAAGGUGUGCUAUUGUAUAAAAGGUGAGCAAUAAAAGUUAUGUUCUCCUA